AUGUUCCGACAAGCACGGCAGUUGUCAACUACUGCGUCUUUGUUUAAAUAUCCUUCUUCGAGCCCUUCCUCCCUCCGCCACUACUCUUUCAAAGUCUUCCGCGAUGUCACUCCACUCCGAACCCUCCGCCGCGAGCUCCUGCUCUCCAAGCGCACCAUCGGCCUCGUGCCGACCAUGGGCGCUCUCCACGAAGGCCAUCUCUCUUUAAUCCGUCAAGCCGCAUCCGAAAAUACCGACGUUGUCGUCAGCAUAUUCGUCAAUCCGACGCAGUUCGGCGUGAACGAGGAUCUCUCAAGCUACCCGCGAACAUGGGACGCCGAUGUCGCGAAAUUAGAGGACUUGAACAGCGAACUUAGCGAUACAAAUGGCAGUGGGCGUAUUACCGCUAUUCUUGCACCAACAGCGCAAACAAUGUACCCGACCCUACCGCCAUCAUCGGAAGUCGACGGCGAUGGCUCCUUCGUGACGAUUACCCCUCUAGCGAAGAAACUCGAAGGCGCCUCGCGACCCGUCUUUUUCAGAGGUGUCGCGACGGUCUGCAUGAAGCUAUUCAACAUUGUUGGCGCCGAUCGCGUAUACUUUGGACAGAAAGACGUUCAGCAGACCGUCGUCAUUAAGCGCAUGGUCAAGGAUUUCCACAUUGACACCGACGUGCGGAUAGGUCCCACCACUCGCGAAGAUGACGGCUUGGCUAUGAGCUCGCGGAAUGUAUACCUAGGCGGCAGAAGGCGGGCGGUUGGUCUUGCUCUCUACAAGGCCUUGAAGGCAGCCGAGGGCUCAUACGAAUCCGGCAUGCUCAGCCGGGCUGAUAUUCUGGACGCUGCCAACGGAAUUACACGACAGGUAUUAUCAGAACAACAGUCCCUUUCUGAGACUGAGCGCGCGCUUUUUGAAGUCGACUACAUCUCUCUCGCUGACCCGGAUACCCUCGACGAACUAGACGUCGUCGAUCCUGCCAAGGGGGCUAUUCUCAGCGGCGCCCUCAAGAUGGCACCCCUUGAGAAAACGAACUCCGGGGAGGACUGCGGACUUGGAGACGGCAAGGUUCCUGUUCGUUUGAUUGAUAAUUUGAUAUUGAAGCCUGUAAACUAA